AUGUCAGCUUCGGAGAGUGGCCGAGAGCUAGCUGGCUUGACCCUUGAUGACGUUUUAGCCAACCAGAAGAGACCACCGCCACCACCCAAGAGCCGAACCCUCCUUGACAUCAUCAAAGAAGACGAGAGCAAUAAGAAGGACCGAAGAUCUUGGAAAGCUUUCAAGGACAAGCUUCGGCUAAAGCGCGCAGGUUCUGCUUGGACAUCUUCUAUUCAUAUCCCGACUUCGGAUGUCCCUAUCCCUAACUCAAACAACAGAAACUCUUACCAAUUCGGUCGCAACUCGGUCCGAUUCCAGACUCAAUCCGACUCGGACAUGUCAACUCAGUACAUGACUCGCCAGGUCGAUGACCUCGAUCCAUCCCCGGACGACUCCUAUUCAACGGCCAACGCAACGGCGGCCAACGCACCGCUGGCCAAGGCACAAUUCUCUCGCCGUAGCUCCACGCGCUUCGCCGGCGACACCUCCGACAACACCGCCGGCACUCUCCGGCCGCAGCUGUCUCGCCGAAACUCCACCAACGUGCAGUCGGAGCCGUACCGGCGGGGGCGCGUGGUGACCUUCCGCGACAGCUUGGACGAUGACGAGCCCGACGACGAGGACAAGCCGGGGAGGACGCUGUCGGCGAGGGAGGCGGUGGCGGCGCAGGAGGCAGCGGAAGCGGCAGCGGCGGCGGCGGAAGAAGCUGAGGCAGCGGCGGAGCAGGCUCCGGUGACGAUGUCGCUGAUGGAUUUGUUGGAAGAAACUGAUAGGGAAAUGGGGCUUGAAGGUUCAAGGUAUAUAUUGAGUGAUGAUGAAGAUUUUGAUGAGGACGAAGAAGAAGGAGAAGAUGAUGAAGAUGGAGAAGGUUCUAUGGAGCAUACUUGCUGCAUUUGCAUGGUGAGGCAUAAGGCUGCGGCUUUUAUACCCUGUGGCCACACUUUCUGCAGGAUGUGUUCUAGGGAGCUUAUGGUUAGUAGGGGUAAUUGCCCACUCUGCAACAAUUUCAUUUUGGAAAUUCUUGACAUUUUCUGA